AGUGAAGAUCGACCGCGAGAGUUAAGUGUAGCACAUAAAGUAAAACAUGAUGACCUUACGCAUUAAAUUCUUGUUGGUAGCUUUCGUGUUGUUGCAUCAAGUACAGAAUGUCGAGUUAAAGAAUGUUUCGGAGCAUUUUCGAGAGUAUUUAUGGACAACCGGUCCUUGGGAGGAAUGUUAUAGCGAAACGAAUUGUGGAUACGGAGAAAGAAAGAGAAACGUGUGGUGCGUAGAAGUUAAUGGUUAUCAAUCUCUAGAAAGAAAAUGUGACAACGAAAAAAAGCCAGUGGAAAGAGAACUUUGUUUUAAAGUUUGCCAAAAAUAUAAAAAUUCCGUCAGGUGGAAGAUUGGAAAGUGGAGCGAUUGUCUGUCGUCUAACAGCUCUAGAUAUUGCGAAGAGGGUCCAGGGAGGAAGACUAGAAAAGUGGUUUGCAUUCACAAGAGUAGACACGAAGGAAAGUAUCUAGGAACUCUUCCAGACGAAGUUUGUUCUUCUUUCUAUCUAAAGCCAAUAACAGAAAAAAGAUGCAUCACGAGAUGCCCUCAAAACUGUGUUGUUUCGGCAUUCGGAGAAUGGUCAGAAUGCAAAGUGUGUGGUUCGGUCAAUCGCACUAGAAUUAGGACUGUGUUGGUGGCUCCAGAAGAGGGAGGCCGAUUUUGUCCUCCUCUGAUUCAAUCGGAACCAUGCGAACACCGAAGAGAAUGCUUAAAACAAGUAGGUUCCGAUCGAGAAUAUUCUCUGAAAUUAGGCAGAUGGAGUGCCUGCCUUUCCAAGACAAGUGAAAACAGAAACUCUUCUUCAAAUGUGCCGAGGGUAGGAUUUAGAACAAGAAACGUAUCUUGUAUCGAUGGCUUUGGACAGGACGUCCAUUUGAGCUGGUGUGAGAAUCACUUUCCAUUGCGGAUACCACUGAUCGAAAGCUGUAUAGUUCCUCGAGACUGUCGGGUGUCCGAAUGGAGCCAAUGGACCACCGUCGGAGAAGGUUGCAUCACUUCCGACGGACACGUGUAUCCUGAACUCAGGCGUAGACGUAGAAAGAUAGAAAAACUUCCAGAAGGAGAGGGAGCGCCGUGUCCUCCCCUGGUGGAGAGAAAGUCCGUCCGCGAUGGAUUGGAAUCGUGCGAUAGCGAAUUUAAAUGGAUUCGUUCCGCCUGGAGCCGUUGCAUUCCUGAAGGUAAAACGUGUGGAGGAGGACUCCAGACAAGGACAGUUCUUUGUAUGAGAAACAAAGAUCUAAUUCCCGUGGAAGCAAGCAAUUGUAAAGAAAUCAGACCACCAUCCAUGCAACAAUGCAACGUGGAAUGUACCAAGAAAUGCACGGUCUCCGAAUGGUCCCUUUGGAGUACCUGUCUACCUGUAAAUGUUCGGGAACCGUUAAAAUCAACUACAGGUUAUCGGAAGAGGACCAGAGAAAUCCUACGAAAGCCCAGUGGCAUUCACGAGUGUCCUUGGUUAGUGGAAGUGAAGUCCUGUCGGGAACCGGAAGUGGUCAGAUGGGUGACGGGAAAUUGGAGUUCGUGUCGCUUGCACGACGUCACACAACCCUGUGGCCAAGGAGUAAUGAAAAGGGAAGCGAUUUGCAUCAAUCCCAAAGGGAAGCACGUGUCUUCGUCUCUGUGUCAGAUACACGUGUUACCUCCAAAACUGUUGGCACCAUGUUACGUUCCUUGUCCUAGAGAUUGUGUUUUAGCGGAAUGGACGGAAUGGUCGUCCUGCGAGGCCGAAUGCAAUUCGGAAGAAAAGGAAGAAGUCAGGACGAGACAAAGAAGGGUCAUCGCGGAACACGGAUCAGUUUUGGACGUCAGAGAAGUUCUUCAAACAAUUACAAACAUUUCAGAUGGAAAACCUUGUCCAGCCAAGGAUACAUUAACAGAGUCAGAACCGUGCGAUUACGAAAUCUGCUCUGGUUAUCAUUGGAUUAAAUCGAAUUGGUCGUCGUGUCAAAAACCCAAGAACGGAACUUGUGGUAAAUCCGUACAAGUUAGAAGCGUGCAAUGCGUCACUGCUUUGCAUCAGACUGUUCCCGAUGACAGAUGUUCUCCCGAACCCAAACCGAUGAUUUUUCGAUCCUGCGACUAUCCUUGUCCUGUGGACUGCGCAGUUACUAACUUCACCGAGUGGACUGCUUGUUCAGACGACUGUCUUUCAGUGCAGCGUCGAGAGAGAUUCGUAUUGCAAUCUUCUGCGCACGGAGGACGUCCCUGUCCUUCAACGUUGGAGGAAACGAGAAAAUGCAACGUGGGUAAAGAAUGUUUGCCGAAUUUAAACAGUUAUUCGUCUUCUUCUUUCUUCUGGAACGUGUCGACUUGGAGCAAUUGUAUCUUAGCCGAAAAUCUUCAUUGCGGAAAAGGCUUUCGUGUGAGAAAAAUUUCGUGUGUAAAGGAAAACGGAAUAGAAGUCCCGAUUCGGAACUGUGUUGCGUUAGAUGAAGAAUCUGUUCCGAAGUCGAGUGAUCCUUGUUUUAUAUUUUGCAACUCUUCUUGCAUCGCGACAGAAUGGACUUCCUGGUCUGCCGAAGACGUCAAAGGUUGUCCUUCAAAGAAACAAAACCGUUUCCUUUGGCAGAGGUCUUGGCAACUCCCGAGGGUCAUUGGUCUGAUUGCAUCGUGGAUGACGAUAGUUUAUCGUUUAAGAGAAACAAGAACGAAAGUGUCGAAGAAUGUGGCGUGGGAAAACGAUACAUCAGAGGGAAUAAGAUCGAAUCUUGCGAACAGAAGGGUCAGGAACAGUUUGGUAUCAGACAUGUGUUUAGUGGAAUGUGCAGAAUCAUGUCGAAUGUCGGAAUGGACGGAAUGGAGUGUCUGCAACGUUUCAUGUGGGCAUGGAUAUAGGAAAAGAGAGAGGCGCGUCAUUAAAUAUGGAAAUAGAAAUGGACGUCCCUGUUCUAUUUCUUUUGGAAACUCUGAGAUUCAAGAAGACGUAUGCCAAAUUUCUUGUGAUUAUUAUCAAUGGUUUACGGAAGAAUGGAGUGAGUGCAGAAUUUCCAUCGUUUCUAAGAAAAAGUGCGGUUCCGGAAUUAAAAACAGAACCAUCAGCUGUAGACGGAGUAACGCACUCGGAAAACCUGUGCAGGUAGACGAAGUGUUUUGCGAUUCUUCAAUUCGUCCUUCUGAAAUAGCAAAAUGUUACUUUUAUUGUCCCGACGACUGCAUCGUUUCUACCUGGUCCCAAUGGUCAGAAUGUAAACAGCCAUGUAACAGUAACUACUCUAGAUACAGGAACAGAACUGUAUUGCGAAUGGCUCUUCCUUCUUCCGGUAGAAAAUGUCCUUCUUUGGUACAGGAAGAACCUUGUAACGUAGGAUACAAUUGUUUUCAUUACAAAUGGUUUAUCGGGGGUUGGGGCUCGUGUAUACUUCCCGAAGGAACCAUAUGUGGUAAAGGAGUCAGUUCCAGAACAGCAACGUGCAUCAAGAGUAAAGGAGAAUCAGUUUCUUCCGACUACUGUCAAAAGGUACCCAUUCCUGCACUUAGCAAACCGUGUAACGUGGAUUGUCCCAUCGAUUGUCAAUUAUCCGAAUGGACUGAAUGGAAUGAAGAACAAUGCAAACCAUGCAAUCAUAAAGGAGAAAAAUGGAGAAUUCGUAGGAUUAUUCAGGAAGCUAGCGAAACGGGACGACCCUGCGCCUACGAUUUGAUUCAGAAAAUUCCAUGUUCUUACAUUCCCUGUUACCAUUGGUUGAUAGGAGAUUGGUCCGACUGCUUUUUACAAGAUGCAGAAUGUGGUUACGGUUACAAGGAAAGGAAGGUAGAAUGUCGCAGGACAGACGGAGUCAAAGUGAACAAAGAAAAUUGUCUAAAAAUUAACGUAAGUGGAGAGGUCGGAGGUCGACUGGAUCCCAGAUGGUUGGAAGAGGUUAAAGGAGUUCAGGAAAGGGAGGAGUGUCAAGUACCCUGUGCGGGCAGUUGUCUGAUGACGACUUGGUCGUCUUGGAGCCAUUGUCAUCGAAGAUGUAGAGAAGGACAAGUCGUUGGAUAUCAAACGAGAUCUCGAGUGCUCUUAACAAAAGCUUCUAACUCGGAGAAGUGUUCCGAAGAAAAUGUAGAGAAGAGACCUUGCUGGGACGGUCCUUGUCUCACUUACAACUGGGAAUUAAAGAACGGAGUGGUUCAGUGCAUGAGAUCAGACGGAGUUCUCGUAUACGGUGGUUGCAACGACAAACUUCUCCCUUGUCAUCCCCGGUGCAGCAUUAACAAUUCCGAAUGCGAUCACACUUCCGGAGAAUGCAUCUGCGUAUCAAACUCCUUACCUAUCUACGACGAAAGCGACAAGGAGCACCCAAAAUUAUCCAAAUGCAUCUCAAACGUCACCGAAAUUAAUCCCUGGACAGUCGACACCACGACGCAUCCGGAGAUUACUCUUAAAUAUUUUCCAGAUGAUAACGAAAUCAGCCUGUGGAUGUACGCCAUGAUCUGCAUCGGAUGUGGUUUCGUCAUUUUCGUAGCAGUAACUGUGUACCUCAUGUGUAAGCAACAUUCGUUCCUGAGGGAUCGAGAAGAUCGCAUCCUUCGAAUGAAGACUUACGCAGAUAGGUGUUGUUCCGAUUUUUCGGAGGCCAACACCGUGGCAUGAAAAUGUCUAGAAACAAGAAUGUUUAUCGACAUAAUCCGUCGGAAGACGACUCGAAAUUCAUUUAUCACUUUUGCAGUCGAACGGCUGAUGGAAUGUGCCUUUUGGCUCUUCGCAUAACUCCUUUUGUAAAUAGACUAUUCCUUCCUAAACUCUAAUUAUUUUCGCUACGAGUGAAGCCGUAAGAAUCUGGAUAUCGUAUCGUAAAUUUAUAUUUUAAAUAGUAGACUUUCCAUGCGAUACUUCAAAACUGUUAGAUGUUAAACCUUAAUUUGAUACGGCAUUUUUUGUGUUGGAUACAUUUCUUACACUCUGUGAAAACAUUCUUAUCUCUAAUCUUUCCGAGUGCUGUAAAUUAAACGACGUUUUAAAAGUUAUAUAAAAAUUAGAUCGUCUAUCUUACAAAUUACUUACCACAUUGAGUAGAUAAUGAAUAUGACGUAUAUAACAAAUGAUAAACCAACAAAGAUAAUUGCAAACAUCCAAAAUGUA